AUGGGAGUUUUCUCCUGGCUUCUCCCUAAUGGGAGGGUAUCUUUCCAUCAUUCAGGGAAAUCGGUUAUUUUGAAACGGAAACCACAAAAAGCAAACCCUGGAGUGGACGAGUCGAAAUACAUCUCCCUUGCCGACCUCUGCAAAUCCGCUACUCCCGCUGACUGCCAGCUAAAUCCUUUCUUAUUUAAUGGGCAUUUACAGACGGCAUGGACCCUUAUGAGAACAGACGAUAUCCCGGUUUAUUACAAGCGAUGGCGGUUUGAGGGAGAUAGCCCGGACUAUCGCGGGAGCUUCGAAGUGGAUUUUGUUGUUGAGCCUUACAACAACAGCAAGACGAGCAGCAAUGGAACUGCUAUACAGUCAGAUAAUGGCACAUUCGAAUCUUCCACUCCACCGGACUCAACUCAUCCGUCUCCCCGUACGAGCUUCUUUACCGAAGAAGAAUUCUCUGCUCUCCCUUCCGAUGAUAAGAAGCCCAUGCUUGUCGUUUUACAUGGCUUGUCUGGUGGAUCGCACGAGCCAUACCUACGAAAUAUAGUCGACCCGCUCCAUAAACAAGGCUGGGAAGUAUGUGUUGUGAAUUUCCGAGGAUGUGCAAACUCGAAGGUUACGAGUUCGAUAUUGUACAAUGCGCGCGCAACUUGGGAUGUCCGGCAAACUGUACGCUGGAUUCGAAAGAAUUUUCCUUCCCGACCUUUAUUUGGGAUUGGAUUCUCACUAGGCGCAAAUAUACUAACAAAUUAUGUUGGAGAGGAGGGCGAAGAUUGCCAACUAAAGGCGGCAGUUGUUUGCUCUAAUCCCUGGAAUCUUGAAGUUAGUUCUUUGGCCUUGCAAAGGACCUGGGUGGGAUCGCAGGUUUACUCCAGGACCAUGGGGUCAAGUAUGAAGAGACUAUUUGAACAACAUGUCGACAAGUUACGAGAGCAUCCUCGAGUCGAUGUUGAAAGAGUUCGAAAAACUACCUAUCUUCACGAGUUCGACAGAGAAUUACAAGCACCUGUUUGGGGUUAUCCAACAGAAACCGCUUAUUAUCGUGAUGCUUCCUCGAUUGAUUCACUGUUCGCAGUAAAGAUACCCCUUUUUGCUAUUCAGGCAGAAGAUGACGCUAUAUCCUCAAAAGAAGCAUUGCCAUAUCUUGAGAUGACCAAGACUCCGUACGCAGUAAUGUGUACAACCUCUUGGGGAGGCCAUCUAAGCUGGUUCGAGUACGGGGGAGGAAGAUGGUUUACCAAGCCUGUUGUCAAUUUCCUCAAUAAAAUGGCAUCUGAAAUUGACCUUGAUGCUCCACUGACUGUCGUGGAAGAGGAGCCAGAGAGCAAACUGACUCCUGCAACAUCUUCUGAAAGGGUCGAUGGUCCCCAUCCGGACUUCAAGCCCAUGAGGCGGAAAUUGCAUAUGCCAAUUCCCGACGGCGAAGAAUAG